AUGAAUACUUUACAAAGCUUUUUGAGAGUUGAACCUCUUAACCAGAUUACAAUAUCCAGAGUGUUGCAUAAAUAUUGGAAAGAUUGUGGAGUAAAUACCGAAGAAGCGGAUUGCGAGCAUGUUAUAAAAAUUUUGAAAGAGUUAACAGAUGGAGAUAUUGAUGAAACUACAUGUAAUAUUGGUAGCAUGAAGGAAAUUUUACGGCAUCUGCGAAAUGAAUCGCAAACUCAUUUUCAUCUUUUUGAAAUGUUAUGUGAUGCGGAUGUUGAUAAAUUGCUGUGUAAUGAUCCAUUAGUUAAUAAAGAACAUGGUGCCAGAUUUACAAAUCUAAAACAGAAAGAUAAAGAAAAAACUAACCUUAUCGCUAAACUUGAGCAGAACGAUAAAGAAAAAAUGGAUCUUAUAGCUAAAUUGAAAUAUGACGUUUCACUAAUCAAAGGACAAGACAAGAGUAUGGUGUGCAAUCAAAUCGUUACUAAUGUUUCACAAGAUAUAGAACCUGGAAUCUCUGAUUUAUAUCUUGUAAAUUCUAACGAUGUUUCUGAAGAUAUAAAUUUACUAUGUAAUGAUAUUGAUAUAACUAAUAAUGCUUCAAAUUCUGAUGAACAUCAAGAAGAAACUUCAUCUCGAGUCUCCAAUUUAUCUUCGACUGCAUUAGCCAUAUGCGUAAAGCCUAAAUCAUUAGCAGGUAAGGAAAUAGAUAAUUUUCUGAUUGAAAAGCAUAAUUGUAACGAAAUAAGAGAAAAAAAGCUUCAACAUAGGCCACCUACUGAAAGUUUUCCAAAAGAGGACACUUACAUAUUUAAUAUUAAAUCUAGUAUUCCUCCCGAGCAGAAAAAGGAGCAAGGUUUAAUACAAGAGAUUUCAACAUCCAUUAAAGAUCAGAAUGAUAUAACUAGAAUUUCACAGAACAAUGUUCAAUUCACCGAUAAUUCUUCUGAUGACUUACUCGAAACUGAGAUUAAUGAGGAAGCUAAAAGAAUUUCAUCAGAAACAGAGGUAAGUAUUACAACCACCCCCUCUAUCCUGUUGUCUCAUACAUAUAAUUCGGAAGUUAUGAUAAAUGAGGAUGUCAAAUCUUUGCCAGAAACUGAGGUAAGCAUAUCUGCUAAAUCGAUUUCAAAGGAACCAGAAACUGUAAAUGUAUUCGAUAAGUAUAAUGAAAACGAUGGUGAAUUCUCUGAUGAUAACGAUGAUGAAUUCUCUGAUGAUAACGAUGAUGGAGAUUAUUGCAGUUUUUCUGACGAAGAUGAACCAGGUUAUUACUAUGAUUUAA